CUAAAUUUAGUAUAAUUAUUUUCAGGUUUUCUAUUAAAAUAACUUCACCAACAUGAAUGAAAAAAGCGUUGGAAUUUCACAACAAACAUUGGUUUCCAAUAUUGACGAUCGUUCUGUGUCAGCAAAGAAGCUACCUCAAUAUAUCGCCAGUCUAUCAUCAACUUUGGGAGCUUUAGCAGCAGGCAUGGUUUUAGGAUGGUCCUCUUCAGCUGGUCCUGAUGGAAUAUAUUUGCAAUCUAAUUAUGGCGUUCCAAUAUCUCCGCAAGAGUUUUCAUGGAUGGGAUCACUAACUACACUAGGCGCUGGAGCGAUGUGUAUUCCUAUUGGAAUUCUUGCGGAUUUAAUAGGAAGAAAGAAUUCGAUGCUUUUAAUGGUGGUCCCCUUUACUGUGGGUUGGCUAUGUGUAAUUUGUGCCAACUCCGUGUUAUUAUUUUAUAUCGGUAGAUUUAUUACUGGUGUUGCUUCUGGUGCCUUUUGUGUAGCUGCACCAAUGUACACAACAGAAAUAUCUGAAAGCUCGAUUCGAGGAAGUCUAGGAUCUUACUUUCAAUUGCUUCUUACAGUAGGCAUUUUGCUGUCAUAUAUUUUUGGAAGUUUUGUGGAUAUGUUUGUACUAUCCAUUAUAUCUGCCAUGGCCCCACUGGUCUUUUUCGUAAUUUUUAUGUUCAUGCCAGAAACACCACUAUACUAUUUGAUGAAAGGCAACGAGGACGCUGCCAAAAAAAGUUUAACUAAAUUACGCGGCGCUCGAUAUAAUGUAGAUAGUGAAUUACAAAAACAACGAGAAAUCAUGGAAGAAAAUAAAAGAAACAAAGUAUCAUUUUCAACUAUGAUCAAAUCUAAAGUAACCAUAAAAGGUUUUGUAAUUGGUUAUGGUCUCAUGAUUUUCCAACAAUUUUGCGGCGUGAAUGUUGUUAUAUUCUAUACCACUGAGAUCUUUGAAAAAGCUGGCAGUGACAUAAAACCUCAUAUCUGCGUUAUUAUUAUUGGUGUAAUGCAAACAGUAUCUGUUUUUGUAAGUACUUUAGUUGUAGAUCGCUUAGGUAGAAGAAUAUUGCUGUUAGCAUCUGCAAUAUUUCUGUUCUUGUCAACUUUUGCUCUUGGGGUUUACUUUUACCUUCAGGACAUUAAAAGUGAUGUUGAAAGUUUUACAUGGCUACCUCUAGUAUGUUUGAGUGUGUUUACUAUUAUGUUUUCUAUGGGCUUUGGCCCUCUUCCAUGGAUGAUGAUGGGUGAAAUUUUUGCACCAGAAGUAAAAAGUGUGGCUGCAAGUAGCGCUGGUCUUUUAAAUUGGUUGAUGGCUUUCAUUGUAACUAAAUUUUUCGCUGAUUUAAAACUUUCCCUUGGCAUGGGUGGUGUAUUUUGGUUGUUUUCUGGACUAUCUGCAAUUGCAAUUUUCUUUGUAUACAUAUUAGUACCUGAAACUAAAGGUAAAUCUCUCGACGAAAUUCUGAGAGAUUUGAGUAAUUGA